AUGUGGGAGAGGCUAGAUAGAAUGAUGGGUAACUCUAAAUGGGUUCAGACCUUCCCUUGCACUAUCAUUACUCAUUUGGCUAUGGCAUAUUCUGAACACAGUCCACUGUUAUGUACUAUCCAAAAUACUAAAAAGCCAAAUAAAGCUCCUUUCAAAUUCCAAAACAUGUGGACUGUUCAUCCUCUUUUUGUUGAAGAAGUUUAUAAGGUUUGGAGGGCAGAAGGGAACUCUAAUCCCUGGUUAAAGCUGUGGAUUCUUCAGAAGAUAGUGGCUGCUCAUAUAAAGAAGUGGAAUAGGGAAACAUUUGGCAAUAUUAAUGAAAACUUGUCCACUGCCCAAAGUAAUGUUAUCAGAAGGGAAAAGAAUUUUCAAAUGGGAUUGAAUUCUGAAGCUGACCUGCACAAAGCCAGUGAAGAACUGUUAAUGCAAACCAAUUAUACAAAAUGUUUUCUGAAACAAAAAGCUGCAGUCACUAGAUUUAUCGAGGGAGACAGAAACACAAGCUAUUAUCAUGCUUGUAUUAAUUUCAGAAGGAAGAAUAACAUGAUCCUUUCCAUAAAUGAUUCUCAUGGUAAGGUAUUAACUGAUGCUGAGAAUAUUGCCAUUGAUGUUGUUAAUUAUUUUCAAAAUAUCUUUAUGGAUCAGUCUACUGAGAGAGCUCCUAUCAAGGUGGAACUUUUCUCUGAGUGCAUUGAUUAUGUUCAAAGCCUGGACCUUAAUCAGAUUCCUAUGGAAGGGGAAAUUAAAGCUGCAUUGGACUCUAUUGAUGACAAUAAGGUGGCUGGCCCUGAUGGCUUUACUGCCAAAUUCUAUAAGACUUCUUGGAAUAUCAUCAGUGAGGAGGUUGUUGAUGCUGUGUAA